AUGUCUAAAGUCCAAAUGCUGAGAGCUCUUGUCCACCAGCGACUAACUGCGGCUGCUGAGGAGAUAUUUGGGCUGUUUGAAAGAACGAUAGCAGAGCACGAGGAGGAACUCUGUCGUUUUAAAAAGGAGAACGAGCGACACCGGAAACUACUGCACGCCGUUUGCAACCCGGAAGUCCGGUUACACAGAGCAGACGCCCAGCAACUGUUGGUGGUUAAAAAAGAGAUUAAGCAGGAGGACCCAGACCCCCCACGCAUUAAAGAGGAGCAGGACGAACUCUGGACCAGUCGGGAGGGGGAGCAGCUUCAAGGGCUGCAGGAGGCUGAUAUCAAGUUCCCGUUCAUUUCUGUCCAUGUGAAGAGUGAAGAAGAUGAUGAAGACAAAGCUCAGUCCUCACAGCUCCGUGAAAGCCAAACUGAGGAGAACACAGAGGCCGAGACAACAGGUGCUGAUGGAGAGGACUGGGGAGGACCAGAACCAGCCAGGUAUUCGGAUCCAGAUAGUCCUUUACAACCAGCUACUCAUGACAAGACAGCAGACUCCUCUGAAUGUGAGACUGAUGACAGUCGUGACUGGGAGGAGUCUCAGUCAGGUGCAAACCCUCUGCUGAACUAUGAAGAACCUGGAAGUGAUGAGGAACCUCUGAAGAAACGCACUGGGGUCCCAAAAAAAGUGAAACAAUUUAGUUGCUCACUUUGUGGUAAACAAUUCUCUCGGAAGCACUCCUUAAAAAGUCACAUGAAACUUCAUUCAGAAGGAAAACACUUGACCUGCUCAGUCUGUAGAGCAAUUUUUUCUCACAGCAGCAUUAUGGCGGUGCACAUGAGAAUCCACACAGGGGAGAAACCAUUUAGCUGUUCGGUCUGUAGUAAAGGAUUUGCCCAAGCGUCAACUCUGAAACAACACAUGACUAUCCACACAGGGGAGAAACCAUUUAGUUGUUCAUUUUGUACCAAAGUAUUUGCACACCACACUACGCUGAGGCAACACAUGAAUGUUCACACCGGGGAGAAAGCGUUCAGUUGUUCAGUUUGUAGAAAAACAUUUGCACGCCAUAGCAAUCUGACACGACACUUGACGGUCCACUCGGGAGAGAAGCAAUUUAGUUGUUCCGUUUGUGAUAAAAGAUUUACAGACUUUAGUAAUCUGAAGCGACACAUGGUUAAACACACCGGGGAGAAACCAUUCAGUUGCAGCGUUUGCGAGAAGAGAUUCAAUCGGCAGGAUAGCGUCAAAAGUCACAAGUGUGUGGGUGGGAGCAGCGGAAAUACAUGAAGCCAUACAGAUUGCUUACAAGACUUGGUUUAAGACUGAUCAGCUAAGAACUGUCAGACGUUAAAAUGAUCCUGCACAGCUAAAAUUAAAUUGAAAUUCUGAUUUAUUUAACUUUUUCUAUCUACGGUACUUUUUUGUUAUUACAUGUAUUGACUGGUUAGACUUUUAAAUGAUCUAAAAGUAGUUUUUGUUCCCCAAACAGCACUAUGGGCAACAUUAGUGAUUUAAAGCUAUAGUGCGUAGUUUGUCUCCCCCAUGAGGAAGUCCUAAGUAAUGACAACAACACUGUUGGCGCGUCCUCUUUACCGGCGGAGUACAUUUUUUUUCUUGGUACAAUCGCUGACUGUAACAUUUUGUAGGCGCUUCUUCAGGUUUUCAGCCACGCGCGUACCUGUUGCAGCGGUCUUCUUCGAAGCUGGACGCUGCCGUUUCCUUUCUCAGCUGUGACGUUAAACGCAACACUCGAGUUUCGGCACUCGAAAGUCUCUGGUUGACAC